AUGACAUUUUCUAAUUGGGAAGCAUUGAAUAACUAUUAUCGAUCCUAUGGGGAGCAACAAGGUUUUGGUGUAGUGUGUAUGGGAGGGAAUAAGAGCGGGGGGAAAGACAGUGAAACGGGGAAAUCGAAUUCCCUGAGGACCUAUGUUUGGAGGUGUGAGUGUCAUGGAAGGCCUAAAUACCGGCGGAUGGUGAAUGGAAGGGUAGUUACCUGUGUAGAGGAACCAAUUCUUAAGAGGAAGACGAAGAAGUGUAGUUGCCCUGUUAUGCUAUAUGGUGCUCGGACCAAAGAGAACUUAUGGGUUGUGAAGAGUGUUGUUACUGAACAUUUGAACCACAUUCCCACUCCUACCAAGUCUAACCAUAUAUCCAUGUUCUGGGUCAGGAAAAUUACUCAGACAAUCCUGAAACAGAUUGAAAAUGAUCACGAUUCAGGGGCACCUGUGGCACUGAUUUUCAAUCACUUAGCGGGAAGAAGGAAUGGUGUAGUGAAUAUUGGUUUUACGAAGAAAGACAUGCAUAAUAUUUUGAAUAGGAGGAUGCGAUUGAGGCUACGAGAUGGGGAUGCUGUUGCAAUGAUAAAUUAUUUAGAUAAAAUGACAAAGGAUAAUAAAAAAAAUUUCCAUCUCCACCGGCUUGAUAAAACAGGGAAGUUGCAGGAUGUAAUGUGGGUUGAUGCUCGUAGCAGAGCUGCGUAUGAGUAUUUUGGGGAUGUCGUUUGUUUUGACUCCACGUACUUGACAAACAAGUAUGAGUUGCAAUUUUCGAACUUUGUUGGGGUGAAUCACCAUGGGCAAACUAUUUUGCUUGGAUGUGCAUUAGUGUCCCAUGAAACCGCAAAAACGUUCGUUUGGCUCUUUAGGGCAUGGUUGUCUUGUAUGGGGGGUAAAGCUCCCGCUGCAAUGAUGACCGACCAGGAUGCGGCUAUGAGGAAGGCAAUAAGAAUAGCAAUGCCAAUGCCUAAAACCAGACAUCGUUGGUGUAUGUGGCAUAUUAUGCAGAAGUUCAGCCGAAGAUUGGGUUCGAUGACUGAUUUUCCCCAAAUAAAAGUAGCCCUACAGAAUGUCAUAUACAACAGUUUGACCCCUGUUGAAUUCGAAGAAGGUUGGGCUGAAGUGGUGGAAACUUUCAAGCUGAAGGAGGCUAAGCAAAGCUACAAGUGGCUAGAAGGUAUUGAUCAUAGUUUGGCGGGGAUGCAGACGACUCAGAGGGUUGAGAGUAUAAACAGUUUCUUCGACGGCUACUUGAAGAAGAAUACGAGAUUAUAUCAGUUUGCUCCUAGGUACUGCAAGGCCAUGGAAAGUAGGGCCAAUGAUGAAAAAGCUGCUGAUGUGAACUGUUGUCGUUUUACUCGGUCUUUGGUUGGAGAGUUUGUUGUGGAGAGGAAGUUCCAGAAACUUUAUACGGAUGCAAAGUUCGUUGAAGUCCAGACCCAAUGUAUGCGGGUAUGUUACGUAACACCUAUUACUUCGAAAGUAGUUUCUGAUGUGGAGGUUGAGCAUACGGUGUCUGACAAAGUAUGGGUAUGGUCCAAGUUCCUGAAAAAGGAAAUAUCUUUGGCAGGCCGGAAGCGUAUAUACGUCGUGAUGUUCAACAAGGAGACCUCAUUUGCAAAGUGUGACUGCAAACAUUUUGAGUGCCACGGCAUUAUGUGUAGGCACAUCAUUAAGGUGUUGGACGUGGAGGAUGUGGAAAAUGUGCCUGCUGGAUAUAUAGUUGACCGAUGGAGGAAAGAUAUACAACGCAAGCACACUCUUGUGAAGGUUGCUUAUCAUGAUCCCGAGAAAACAGAAGAAGUUAAGCACUAUGACCGAAUUAUGAAUGCGGUGGAACUUGCUGCCCUCCGUGGAUCACUGUCCGAGCAGAAGUUGGAUUUGGUCAUAGAAGGUAUUAUGAAUAUUGUGUUACGUCUUGAUGAGAGUGAUGCUCUUUCAGCAGUUGGUGAUAACGAAGCUGGUGCACCGACUUCCGGGGGGAACAGGAUGACGAUUGUUGCACCUACAACACCAGGCUCCGUUAACAAACCUCCAAACAGCGUUGGGGAUGAUACUACCACACUUACUCCCCCUGUAAUGGUUAAAGAUCCUGUUUUGCGCGGCGGUUUAAAGGCUCACAGGACUCGUGAAAAAAGAUUUUUACAACCAGGUGAGAAUAAAAACCUGGCAAGGAAGCAAGUCAGGAAAAACAAGAAUGUUGUACCACAGGAGUUUCCAGAACCCAGCAAUUGUCAGAACACUUGCCUUCCUCAACACAACUAUGUGCAGCCGCCAAACACCUUCCAUCCUGGUUGGGGAUCCCACGAUCAAUAUGGGUAUAGUGCUGAUCACUCGCCUCAAAUGGCUGGGCAAGUAAGGGGGACUAUGGUAUACCCUCAACAGAACUACAACAACGGGGUACCUGUUCAACACUAUCAGCUCCCUGCAGUCGUUGUUACUUAUUCGAGCUUCAGUAAUGACCAUGAGUGA